AUGGAAUGCAAUAUCAACAACAGUGGCUCGAGAGAUAAAGAGGUUACUAUUGAUAUCGAGAAUGAUUCCAGGCUAGGGCUUGUGCCGAAUAUCGAGAAAGAUAAUAAAACAGCCGGAAAAAUUAAGAAAGCUCCCAAGCCACCUCGGCCACCAAGGAGCCCAUCUUUGGAUUCUUCGGACAUGCGGCUGAUAAAGGAAAUAUCCAAGAUUGCCGUGGAGAAAAGGGAGAGAAUCUAUCGAAUAAAAGCUCUGAAGAAGAUGAAAGUGGGUCGAUUGCCGCUAUCCUCGUCGUCAUCUUCAUCGUCCUUGACAUCAUCCGGCAGCACCAUCUCGGCCAUGGUCAUCACAGUUUUGUUUUUUCUAGUGCUAAUUAUCCAAGGUCUUGGUUGCAUCACUAGUUCGAAUAUGAGGCUUCGUGUGGCUCCUCAGCCAGCGCCUGAGUCGAGAGGGUUGACAGCUGACCAUUUCUACAAGUCAGUGCAAUAG